GGAGGGACUCAGUUCCGAGACUUCACUUUUGAGACAGAUGUUUCCCUCACCUGCUAAGCCCACUAUAGCAUGAGUUUGGGUCUUAGAUCUUGGCCAGCUCUUUCCAUAACAGCUGAUGGAUCAGCUGCUGCACAGCAUCUCACUUGCCAGGACAGCAGGCUAAACGUCUUGUAGUCUGUGACUCAGACAUGCUUUGCACAAAACUGGCACUGAAAGGAACUGGUAUGUCCUCGUGGACCUGUGUACGGAUUUGUUUCCGGGGCAGGCACAAUAUCUAAUAGUAAAGGAUAGAUUAGUCAUAGCUAGGUGGCAUCAUAACAAGUGGUGCGAGCACUUUACUACCUUCCCCUCCCAGGGCAGGAGUGUGAGCAGAACAUGGUGCUGCUGGGAAGGCUGUCUGUUGCUGAUGUUAUUCCAGACUGGAAGAGGUUUCCUGCUGAAUGGCUGAAGUCUGUAACUGAAGUGACAGCCAUGUCAGGUUACCUAUUGCAGGCAGUCCUGGGCACAACAGUGAUCCCAUUAUGUGGGCCUGGUGAUAUGGAGAACUGCACCACAGCGCUCAUCCAGACAGAGAACAGCCCACGUGUGGCCCAAGUUGGGAUAACGAGAUGCAAACCUGAAAUGAAGGACUACUGCUUCCAUGGGCAGUGUGUGUACAUCGUGGACUUGGAUGAGCACUACUGCAGGUGUGAUGUGGGGUUCUCCGGAGUGCGGUGUGUGCACUCAGAGCUGGUGCGGCAGCCCCUCAGCAAGGAGUACGUGGUAUUGACGGUUAUCGUGGUUCUGCUCUUCGUCGCUGCCAUCUCCCUUGCAAGCUACUACAUCUGCAGGAGGUACCGAAAGAAGAGGAGACAAACAAAUGCCAGUGAAUACAAGGAAGUUGGUGCCCUAUAGAAGAAAUGCUGGCUUCAUGCAGUGUUCUGUUCAUCUGGAUGAACUCAGUGGCUUCCCACCUAUUUAAAUGUUAUUUUUAUUAAUAAUAUUUACAAUAUUUAUAACAUUUUAAAAAUUUCAAUUGUUUGGUGAUUCAAUCAGUAUAGGUCAAGCAUUUUAUUUGCAGUGUUUUAUUUUUUUAUUAAAUAAUACUUCCUAAAGGGAACCCCACCUAAGUGGUUCUGUGGGACAGAGAUAUAUUUUUAUAGAAACUCAUCUUCUUACUCUGGAGAGAAGAAUUUUAUAUUUAUUCUUGUGAAUAUACUCAAAGCAAUUGUAUUCCUUGAAAUAAAA